CUCACGCACCAGUUACGUCCGACCGUAAAAAAUAGAAACUUCCAAGAUGGCCGAGGCCGUGGACUCCAUGCAUUUCGCAGCAAACAGCAAAACAAAUUCCCCUAAACCCCUGAUAGCCAAACGACCGCCGGAGAGCCGACCGCAGUCUUCCAGCGACAUCUACCCGCCUCCCCCUAAGAAGGUCCGGGUGGAGGAGAAGGGCCUGAAGCACAGGAAAGUGAACGGAGAGGUGUGCGCAGGGGAAAAACACAACGGGAAGCAGAGUUGUGGGAGCCCAGCGAAAUGGAGUUUCGGGCCGGCCAAGGCGAGCCACUCCGCCGCCGCCGUGCUCCCCGCUACGCCCGCUCGGAAGAUCUUCAAAAUCAGCAACUUCCUUGCGCAGCCCCACAAGGCGAAGAAGGCGAAAGAGAAACGGCACCGGGAGAAGGAGAAGAGCAGCGAAGCGCAGCAGAGCUCCGCCGCCGCUGUGGAGAGAGUGAGCCCAGCUAGCUGCCAUACAAAGACCGAGAACGGCGACGUGAAAACGCUCCAGAGAGAUCCCCACGUGAAGGAGAAGGACAGAGAGAAGAAGAAGGAGAAGAGUAAAGAGUGGAAACAUCACAAGUUGACACCUGUAACGUUACAUGACUUUGCAAGAGAGAACGGAGAAGUGAUGUCUCCACAGAAAGAGUCUAAGGAGAAGCCCAAAGCUGGGUCUGAGGACGACCUCCUGCUGAAGAAACUCAAGAAGAAGAAGAAAAAGAAGCACAAAGAUGGCGAGCGCGUAAAGGAGAGGCACAGCCGACCCAAAAUGUACCAUCGCUCAUGCCAGACAAUGUGUUCAGGGGUGACUCCAGGUCCACCCGAGUUCCUCAGUCGCAUUAAUGGGAACAGCAGCGUUAACAGCAGCAGUCUACUCCAUGCCUCAGCAGCAGCAGCAGCAGCACCAACACCACCAACACCACCACCACCACCACCACAACAACAACAACAACAACACCACCACCACCAGGACCCCCCUGUUGCUGGCACUAUUUCUGCCUCCAUCUCCUCCAUGGUCAGGGAAAGGCUCAGCUAUAGCUCCCCACUCCACUGCACCCCAUCCCCGGGCCUGUCCGGUCUGGAGUUUGGUCGCCUGAUCCACGUGGAGCAGCAGGCCAACGGAGGGGCCUCCGUGGCGCACGCCUACACGGAGCAGCUCUCCUCGCUGUCUCCUGCCGAGAUGCAGCGCUUCGCCCAGGAGUUUGUGACCCUGUCGUUCAGCGAGGACGAGGCGCAGGCUGCGUGUUUUGUGAUGGGCAUCAUCCACGGAGCGGCUUCCUACCUCCCAGACUUCCUGGACUACUUCUCCUACAAGUUCCCAAAUGCGCCAGUGAAGAUGGAGGUGCUCGGGAAGAAGGACAUAGAGACGACGACCAUGGUCAACUUCCACUCUCAGGUGAAGCGGACAUAUUCCCAGGGAACGUACCGAGCCGGGGCCAUGCGGCAGGUCAGCCUGGUUGGUGCUGUAGAUGAGGAGGUUGGAGACUACUUCCCCGAGUUCAUCAGCAUGUUGGAGGAAUCUCCCUUUCUGGAGCGGACUCUGCCCUGGGGAACGUUCUCCAGUCUGCGGCUGCAGAGCCCCACUGAGAGCGACGACGGCCCCAUAAUGUGGGUCAGACCGGGAGAACAGAUGAUCCCUAUGGCAGACAUGCCAAAAUCACCCUUCAAAAGGAAAAGGUCCACCAAUGAGAUAAAGAACCUGCAGUAUCUACCCAGAGCCAGUGAGCCCAGGGAGAUGCUGUUUGAAGACCGGACGAGAGCCCACGCCGACCACAUCGGCCAGGGGUUUGAGAGGCAAACUACUGCUGCUGUAGGUGUGCUGAAGGCUGUCCGCUGCGGAGAGGACAAUGAUGCUCCCGGACGGAUCACCAAAGAUGUUGUGUGUUUCCACGCUGGAGAUUUCCCAGAUGUGGUCAUGAGGCUGCAGCUGGACCUCCACGAACCUCCGCUGUCUCAGUGUGUACAGUGGAUCGAUGACGCCAAGUUGAACCAGCUGAGGAGGGAGGGGAUCCGAUACGCCCGAAUCCAACUCUACCACGACGAUAUCUACUUCAUUCCCAGAGGAGUUGUCCACCAGUUCAAAACUGUGUCUGCUGUCUGCAGUCUGGCCUGGCACAUUAGACUCCGACAGUAUCACCAACACGAAGAGAAGGAGGAGGAAGACAAGUGUGCACCUAGAGAAGAAACACGUCUUAUCAAAGAAGAGGAGGACGAUGAGGACGACGAGGAGGAGGAGGAAGAAGAGGACGAGGAGGUUGAGGGGAAGGAGUGUGAGCCUGCUGUACGGACGCUGAUGAAGCUGGAGGAUGAGGACGACGAGGGAGGGGAGGGGCCGCCCUCACGAACUCCGACACAGAUUUUCAAGGAGGAGGAGCAAGAGAACCGAGCUGAGAUGAAGGUGCUGUCAACGACACAGUCACUGCCUUUUGUCAAAAAGGAGAGAGACGAAAGUUCACUCACUCACAUACUAAGGGAGCCUGAAACUGAGGAAGAUGAGAAAGAGGAAAGUAAGGGAGAUGGAGAUGGAGAUGGAGGAGCAUACACAUGCCGGACACUGCAGAAGGGCCAUGAAGAGGGUGCAGUGGACAGUUCAUCCUUAAAGUCACUACAGCAAAUUAGGAAGGAGAAUGAUGUAGAGGAAGAGAGGCAGCAAAAGACAACUGUACCGGGUCAAGGUGUAAAGGAGAAAACUAAAGAUAGUAUGAUGAACGCUUACAACUCACCACAAAUCAAAAAGGAGAAAGAGAAAGGAAAAAGAGAGAAAGAUGAAAAGGAGAGGGUUAAAGAGAAGGAGAAGAAGGACAAGGAGAGGAGUAAAGAGAAGGAAAGAGAUAAGAAGGAUAAGUGUAAAGACAGAGACAGAGAGAAGGAGAGGGUGAGAGAGCAGGAGAGAGUGAAGGCUGAGGGAGGAAGAGAGGGCGGUACGUCGGCGCAGCCUUUGCCGCAGAUGAGGAAAAAAGAGGACGAGGAGCGGACAAGAGAGGGCAGUAAAGGCUCUCAAACGUCCCUGCCUGCACAGAGAGACGAGAAGUGGGCCAAGGAGUGGACACAACCCAGCGUCAAGAGAGAGAAGGAGCACGAUAAAGACAGGGGAGGCACGCAGGGGGCGUCCUCCUUACGACCAAACAGAGAGGAGGCCCGAGACGCCUGUUUGCAUAAACACAAGUCUUCGCACGGGAAAAAGGAGAAAAGCGGUCACAGGGAGGCCAAAGAGGGCAACACGUCGAGUACGCAGGGGGUGCAGGCAAAGUCGGGCAGAGAGGACGGGAAAACGGGCAUUCCCAAACCUGCAAAUAUUCAGGUUAAGAAAGACGGAAAGAAGGAUAAAGACGUCAACAGUAAAGAGGAGAGGAAGAAGUCUGCGCCACCAGAACACAAACCACCACGGACACUCAUCACCUUUGACCUCUUUAAGCCGAUGGAGGCUCACCAAACUCUGGCCCUUUCCUUCACAGAGAGUCGGCCUAAGACCCACCACCACAGUGACUCUAGAGGCUCUUCCUCUAAGCCCGGAUCUGACAGUCGGACAGUUGUGCCCUCUAAAGGUGCAAAAGUAAAAGACUCUGUGCAGGGGAAACCUGGCACACCCCUACAGGACACUCGGCCGCAGCAGCACUCGUUAAAACAGCCCCUCAAAACACACACCCCCCAAACACAGAAAGACGUAUUAUUAUGAAU